GAUCCACGAAAUCCACCAGUGUCAUAAGAUUCGCUCACUCGACCACUCUCUCGAUUCCAUCAGGGACAUUUUGCGAGGACACAUGUAGAGUGGACGACGAUUUGUGAAUCUCAGCGACCUCAUUUAAGCUAUAAUCGAGAUUGUUUCACUCCAUAUGUUCUUAUUCUGGGUGGCACGAUGAUGCAAGAGAUCUUGGCCGAUUUGGAAAACCUCGACGAGAUUCCGGAGGACAUCUUGGAAGAGCUUCAACGAGAAAUCGCUCGAAAUGAAGAAGCCAAUCGUUUGGCUAAACAGCGGGAGGUGGAGGCGAAAGCAGCGAGAGACAGAGCGGCCCAAUCGAAGGCCAUGAUGAGCACAAUGGAAGAACGAUAUCUAGACAUUCAGAAUAAAGUGGAAACCACACGACAGACUCUUUCCGAGGCCAAAGGUAAAUUGGAACGUCAAAACAAACUGACUGAAGAUUUGGAACAUCUCAAACAAAUGGUCGAACACGCCGCUGAUCAAGCACGUCCUUCAGAAACUGCCAAUUUAACAUCGACUUCUGAUAUUCUAAACUCGUUGCCUUCAAAUGGGUUGCCUUCCAAGAAAGUGGAUUAUGCGUCCAUUGUGAAGCAAUUGCAAACGAAAUUGGCCGUCCAGGAUUGCGAAGAACGAAGUGAACAAGUCGAACGUCAACGAGCUGCUAAUGAGAUUGCCGCCACAGUUCGUCGGUUAGAAGAAAAAUCCGCCAAUGUGAAGGCCAAAAUUGAGCAGAUCGCCCUCUAUGAGGAGUCCUUGAAAACUCGACGAGCCCAAUUAAUGGCAACGAAGCGCGAACGGGAAGCUCUCAAAGCAGUUGAAGAGGCCAAAAAGAAAGAGGAGGAAGCUUUGGUAAGACAUUAUUAUUGAUUUGAAAAUACUUGA